GCCGGUGUGGGGCCUACGGGGGGCUGUGGGCCUCAGGGCCGCGAUAGAAGCCGCAAACAAAGGCUGUAAGGCCGCGGGGCCGGCCCAGGGCCCGGUGCGGUGCUGUGGGAUCUGAAGGGGCUGCGGGGUGUCGGUACAGGCCGCAAAGAGCUCAUAGGACCCAUAGCACGGCGGCUACGGAGCCCUUGGGGUCUAUAGGCUGUAAGGGGGACUGUGGGGCCGUGGGGGUCGUCGCUUUGUGGGACCUCAGGCCCCUCCGCUGUGCGUGGAUCCCAGGCUGCUCCCACCGAGCUCCGUGUCCCCGUGGCCAUGGACCCCCCGGCCGAGGGCGGCACCGUGGCCGUAAUGGUGCGUGUACGACCGCCCGCCCCCAAUGAACGUGAGGGGGCCGCGCACUCGGUGCUGCACGUGGUGGAUCAGCACAUCCUCGUCUUCGACCCCGACGAGCCCGGCGGACCCCACGGCACCGCGCUGCACCCGCUGCCCACCCGCGGCUCCAAACAGCGCGGCAAGGACAUCAAGUUCGUCUUCGAUCGCGUGUUUGGGGAGGGGGCCACGCAGCAGGAGGUGUUCCAGCACACGACACGGGACGUGUUGGAUGGAGUCCUCAAUGGAUACAACUGCUCCGUGUUUGCCUACGGUGCGACUGGAGCAGGGAAAACCUACACCAUGCUGGGCUCAGAGCAGAGCCCGGGCAUCAUGUACCUCACCAUGGCAGAGCUGUACAGGAGGAUUGAGGCCAGGAAGGAUGAGAAGAGCUGCGAGGUGCUUGUUUCCUACCAGGAGGUGUACAACGAGCAGAUCCAUGACCUGCUGGAGCCUAAGGGGCCUUUGGCCAUCCGGGAGGAUCCAGAGAAAGGAGUCGUGGUCCAGGGGCUCUCCUUCCACCAGCCCAGAUCAGCAGAGCAGCUCCUGGAGAUGUUGGCCAAUGGCAACAAAAACCGGACGCAGCACCCCACGGACGCCAACGCCACCUCCUCCCGCUCUCAUGCAGUCUUCCAGAUCUACGUGAAGCAGCAGGACCGUGUUGUGGGCCUUGCUCAGGACCUGCAGGUCGCCAAGAUGAGCCUGAUUGACCUGGCGGGCUCCGAAAGAGCUUCUGUCUCCAAGACCAAAGGAGAACGUCUCCGGGAGGGUGCAAACAUCAACCGCUCACUGCUGGCCCUCAUCAACGUCAUCAACGCCUUGGCUGAUGCAAAGAGCAAGAAAACCCACAUCCCGUAUCGGGACAGCAAGCUGACGCGCCUGCUGAAGGACUCCAUCGGUGGCAACUGCCGCACCAUUAUGAUUGCUGCUGUCAGCCCUUCCUCGCUGGCCUACGAGGACACCUACAACACUCUCAAAUAUGCCAACAGGGCCAAGGAGAUCAAGCUGUUGCUGAAGAGCAACGUGCUCAGCCUCGACUGCCACAUCAGUAAAUACGCCACAAUUUGUGAGCAGCUGAAAACGGAGGUGGCAGAUCUGCAGGCAAAGCUCCGAGCCUAUGAGGACGCUGCCCGGGAUGCAGGAAAACAGAUACCAGUGCUGCUGCCUUCCCCCAGGAUGGAAGGAGCCGUCCCAAAGAGCUGCUCAGCCCCGAGUGUUCGCAGGGAAAGUGAUGGGGAGCAGCAGGAGCUGGGAGCCGGGCAGGAUGCUCAGGGAGCAGUGGAGGAGGUUCUGGAGGCAAUGCCCCCCAGCAGCUCCAGCCCCUCCCAGCAGGCAGAUCUUCAGCUGGGAAUGAAGAAACCGAACCUCCUUCCACAGCAUUUAUCCCGCAGCCACACAGACAGGCUCAUAGCUGCCGUUCUGAGCGUUGCCCAGAAGCAGUACUCCCUGCUGAAGGCUGCCAACCUCCUCACUCCUGCCAUGGUCACUGAAUUCGAGGAGCUGCAGCUCUUGGUGCAGCAGGAGGCAGCUGUGAGCCCUCAGCCCACAGACACCAGUGGGGCCACUCCAGCCCUGAGGACACAGCCGGGCUGUGAUGCAUCACCCUCAGUGCUCAGCACUGAGUCCACCAUCCCCAUGACGAGAGCUGCCCUGCGCCGCCUGCAGCAGCUCACUUCACUCCCCAGCCCUAAAGUGGCGGUGAAGAAGAGGAGGAGAUCUGAGAUGAGCAGCACUUCCAGCCUGGAAACACCACGCAGCCUCAACACGCGGGCGAAGCGCCAGCGGAAAUCCUCCCCACUGAGCAACGGGGAUGAAGCGGAGGCGCCGUGGAGCCCACACACCCCGUGUGUUAAACAGCCCCAAUCCACACAGCUGCUGCCGAGCUGCACCCCCAAAAUCUGCCCUCUGACCGUCACCAAAGGGCGUGCGCCCCUCAGGACAUCAGCAGCCCAGAACUGCUGCACCCCGACUGUGUGCGACCUCAAUGUGACCUACAGCCUCUCUGAGGACGUCUCCAAGCCGGGAGCCCUCAGCCUGCCCAGCUGGGAGAGCGCCCCAUGUGCCCUAAAGAAGCAGGAGGGCCCCUUUGUGCCCAGAACCUCCAUCCCGGUGUUCUCCAUGAAGGGUUCCUCCAUCCCGAAGCCGUCCUCCAUCUCCAAAGGGUCUGUGCGGAAGCGGAGGGGAGCAGUGAGCACUGCUUCCCAUUCACUGGGUGGGGUCCAGAGCUGCAUCAGCUCGAGCAGCAGCUGGCGGUCUGUGCAGCCCCAGAGUAUCCCAGAGCAUCCCCCUCCUGGGCUCACCUGGAAGGGUCGGAGCGGCCCCAGAGAUGGUGCCCCCAGAGCCCCCACCUCACAAGCAAUGAAGCUGCUGUGCUGAUGUCCCUCACAUCCAGGACCCCUCACGUGGCCCCACAUGCAGCUGCCAGGGAGGUAGAAGGGCGACCACCCCAAACACUGCCCUGCUGUUCCCUGGCUGGUUUCCCUGCUCCCUCCUGCCCUCCUCCCUCUGCACAGCCCCAUGUAUUUUGUAGCAGAUGGAUCACUGCUGUUCCCUCUCAGCCCCUCUCGGGGUGUCGAGUGCUGACAGAUGGGCAAUGCUAAGCAAUACCACGCGCUUUUAAUAAAUCUUACAGCUUAAACCCAAAGGAGUGAGGGAAGAUGUGGGGCUGCUUCUCCCCCCUCAGCCUCAGAGCGGUGCUGGGCUCCCAGGGGUGGUUUUCUAUUGUCCCUUUGGGGCUUCAGAGCAUUUCUCCCUCUACUGUGGGGUCCUUGGGGCCACCAGCAGAGGUGAUGACUUUGCACCGAGGCCCCAAAAGCUGCAUGGCUGCCUUUGCCCCACAGCCCCUGGUAUGUUCUGGCCCCGUUGUCCCAUGCAGCGCUCCCCAUAGGGGCUGGGGUCACUGCUCUCUGCCCUACUUUGCUCUCCCCUCUGUCUUCUCUCAGGCUGGAAGCUUCUAAUUAAAGCUUCUACAUUCGUUUGC